AUGAAUCCAAACGCUCCUAGCUUUGGCGGCUUCAACCCCAACGCCUCGGGCUUCGUUCCCGGCGGCCAGCAACAGCAGGGUCAGCAGCAACAGGGCGGUACUCCUUAUGGCCAGCAGGGCGCAUACUACCAGCAGGGUUUCGGUCAGCAGCAGCAGCAGCAGCAAGGCUUCAACGGCGGUUACAACAGCCAGUACCAGCAAUACCAACAGUACCAGCAGCAGCCGUAUGGUGGCGGCUAUGCUCAGCAGGGUUUUAACCAACCGGGUUUUUCGAACCAAUACGCUCAGCAGGGUUUCAACGGUCUGCCUGCUCGCCCCGCAGCAUCGGGUUCCAACCAGCCUCCAGCGCGCCCAGCUCAGCCCGCAGCCGCUACCUCUGAUGUUGCUUCCCGGAAGCCUGUCAGCAUCUCGAUCGGCGGCGGCGCCAAACCUGCCGCUCCUGCGGCUUCCGAUGCACCCCGAAAGCCAGUCAGCAUUUCCAUCGGUGGAGGUGCCAAGCCCGCUGCUACUACCGCAGACAAGAGCGACGCCCCGCGCAAGCCUGUCAGUAUCUCCAUUGGUGGCGCCAAGAAGCCAGAGGCUGCCAAGGAAGCUGUUUCCGCUGCUACCAAAGCCGAGAUUUCAGUACAUUCGGCGGCCGUCAGUGCUGUCAAGGACACCGAGGCACCUUCUUCUACCGCUGUUACUGCUCCAUCCUCUCGCAGUGAUUCGCCAGCGCCUUCUGCUGCUGCUGCCUCGUCCUCCGCUGCCACUGCUUCCAAGGCCGAGUCCAAGGUGGCUUCACUCUCCUCCAAGCCUGUCGCAACCGAACGUGCUACCACAAAUGCCGAUCAGAUUCUCGCCGAGGCCUCCAAGGUCACGGACGAAGAGACGCUCAAGGACCUUUUCGGUGAGAAGAGUGACGAACUCAAGUCGCACUUGAACAUUGUCUUCAUUGGCCACGUCGAUGCCGGAAAGUCUACCAUGGGUGGCAACUUGCUCUUCCUCACCGGCAUGGUCGACAAGCGAACCAUGGAAAAGUACGAGCGCGAGGCCAAGGAAGCUGGCCGAGAGUCGUGGUACCUCUCCUGGGCGCUCGACUCAACGGCGCAAGAGCGUGAGAAGGGUAAGACGGUCGAGGUGGGUCGUGCCUACUUCGAGACGGGCAAGCGCCGCUACACGAUCCUCGAUGCUCCAGGACACAAGUCGUUUGUGCCCAGUAUGAUCAGUGGUGCUGCGCAGGCCGAUGUCGCCGUCCUCGUCAUCUCGGCGCGAAAGGGCGAGUUCGAGACUGGUUUUGAACGUGGUGGACAGACGCGUGAGCACGCCGUUCUUGUCAAGACUGCUGGUGUCCAGCGUCUCAUUGUCGUGGUCAACAAGAUGGACGAGUCGACGGUACAAUGGGAAAAGUCGCGCUACGAAGAAAUCCAAGCCAAGCUCACUCCCUUCCUGCGUUCGGCUGGCUUCAAUCCCAAGACCGAUAUCACCUACAUUCCCGUCUCGGCGUACGCCGGCCAGAAUCUCAAGGAACGUGUGCCUAAAAGCAUCUGCGACUGGUACAAUGGCCCCUCUCUGCUCGAGUUCCUCGACAACCUCGAGCUCGGCGACCGCAAAAUCUCGGCACCGCUCAAGAUGCCCAUCUCGGAAAAGUACAAUGACAUGGGUACCGUCGUGGUCGGCAAGCUCGAGGCCGGUAAGAUCAAGAAGGGCGACACGCUCCUGCUCAUGCCCAACAAGGUCUCGGUUGAAGCUUCUGCUAUCUUCAACGAGCAGGAGGAGGAAGUUCCUGCUGCCAUCUCGGGCGACAAUGUACGUGUCAAGUUGAAAGGCAUCGACCAUGAAGACGUUACUGUGGGCCACGUGUUGACCGAUCCCGUCAACCCGGUGCAUGUAGCCACACACUUUGAAGCUCAGCUCGCCAUCCUCGAGCACCGUAAUAUCAUCUGUGCCGGUUACAGUGCCGUAGUUCACUGCCACACCGUGUCACAAGAGGCCAACUUGGCAGCGCUUCUGCACUACUACGACAAAAAGACGGGCAAGAAGAGUCGACGUGGUCCUCAGUUUGCUAAGAAGGGUAUGAAGAUCAUCGCGCUCGUCGAGCUUGCUGGUCCGAUCUGUGUCGAGAGGUUCAAGGACUACCCGCAGCUGGGCCGUUUCACGCUGCGAGACGAAGGACGUACGGUGGCUAUCGGCAAGGUGACCAAGCUCAUCACUUCGGCCGACGAGUUGCCGGACGUUGCCAAGCUCAGCGUUACUGAUGCUGCUUCCGCUGCUGCCGCCGCCAACUAA